AUGGAUGCUCUGCUCAUUUUGACAGUAUUCGCACUUCAGUUUCAUUCGUCAAAAGGUGAGGCGGUUUCGCACAGGAUCCUCCCGGCAGAGAAUUAUGCGGCUUUCAUUGGAGAGAAUGCAACCUUCACGUGCUUGGUAACAGGUAAUAAUGAAACUGUUUGGCAACCGGGCAUUGUUGUCAAGUGGCAGAAACCUGGUCUCAAGCUCGUAUUGCACCGAUGUCGGCCCCAGCACGGUAGCCACGGCGGAUUUGAGGAGCACUGCAAACUGAACAUCGCCCCGGUGAGAAUGAAAUCGAAAGGCUGCUAUGAGUGCGAAGUGACUUACCUGGGCCAGAGUAUUAAAACCCUGCUAUUGGAUGUAGUCGAACCAAAUACGACGGUAGGCGUUACGGAUCUCCUGACAGGCAAACUCGUCGACAGUGAUUCUGAACCAAUCUGUGUUCGUCGGUCUGGUUUACACGGCUUUGAGUGUGUAGUUCGGGACGCCGUACCCAACGUCUGGGACAUCGUGUGGUUCGUCGGGGGAGAGCGAGUUGAACCAGGUUUCGUUGAGACCGGAGCAGGAAGACUGGUGAAAGUGAGCGGCACCUUCAAUUUGUCCCAGUCGGAAGACGAGCUUCCGAAGAACGUCACUUGUCAGGCUACGGGUCUCAAGAGACUAAUCAACACCACAUUUGAGUUGAAGUCUUGUCAUGAACCGAAUACGACGGUAGGCGUUACGGAUCUCCCAACAGAAAAACUCGUAGACAGUGAUUCUGAACCAAAUUGUGACCGUCGGUCUGGUUCUAUACGCGGGUUCCAGUGCACAGUUCGCGACGCCGAACCAAACGUCUCGGACAUCGCGUGGUUCGUAGGGGGAGAGCAAAUUGAAAGGGGUUUUGCUGAGACUGGAGCAGGUGGACUGGUGAACAUGAGCAGCACCUUCAACUUGUCCCAGUCGCAAGACGAGCUUCCGAAGAACCUCACUUGUCAGGCUACAGGUCUCAAGAGACUAAUCAGCAUCAAAGUUGAGCUGAAGUCUUGUCAUGGCAUGCACCCCGAACCUUCUGUGGAAAUGUGGGAUGUAUCAGCUCGACGUCUUGUUGGACUGACUUAUACGCCGAUCUGCAUCCAGCCUGACACGGAUCUACAUUUCCAGUGCCAACUUAAAGUAGCCAGACCAGGCUGGGAUGUAGCCUGGUUCUUAGAUGGAAAUGAGGUUGGAGCUGGCUUCACCAAUUUUACCGGUAGCGCAGCUGUUGGAUUGGUCAACGCUACUAGCUGGUUCAUCAUAUCCAAGUGGCGAAGCGAUGGCCUCAAUAAGAAGAGUCUUACCUGCCGAGCAACAAAUGAAAAAGGAGACUCACUUAACGUCACAGCGCACUUUGAGACCUGCUCUGACCGAGUAGUGAAUACUUCAAUGAGCCUUGUGGAUCUCUCGUCCGGGGAACUGGUUGGCAUCAAGUCUGAGCCCACCUGCUUCAAGGUGGGCACGAAGCGAACCUUCGCAUGUGAAAUCCUAAACACCCGGCAAGGUAUUUUGGUGACUUGGAUCAUCGAUGGAAUCAGGAAUGAAAGCGGACGAGUGGAUUCAACUCAGACAUUGGGUGGAUUAUUCAACAUGAACACAAGUUUUACCGUCUUCAACUCCUUGGAUGGAAGCCUCAUCAACAGCCUUACCUGCCAGGCUUCGGGUUUUGAGACAGAGCCUCUUCGCGUCACCGUGCAGCUCCAGACUUGCCCUGAAAUUGUAUCGUAUACCGUAAUGGAGCUCCGGGAUCUCUCGACUGGAGAGUUUAUCAGCGAUGCUUCGGAGGCCAUCUGCGUCACACCGGAGACGGGAAGAGCAUUCGAAUGCACCGUUCGACAAGCCACACCCGACGCGUGGAGAAUCGUUUGGGUCAUUGACGGCGUGAGGGAGGAAACCGGAUCCGUGGUUCAGACACCGAGCUUGGACGAACUAGUGGACGUGUUUAGCAGAUUCACUGUUUCAAACCCGUCCAGUAAAGACGUCGUCAAAAGUCUCACAUGCCGAGUAACGAGUCCAGAGAAAGAAGAGCUUGCAAUCACGGUUCAACUCCGAUCGUGCGACGGCAAGAAGCCAGCAAGUACAGUCGACAUGACAGUAAUCCUUGUCAUAAUCAGUGCAGCGAUGGGAAUGCUCACUCUUAAAGUCGUUGCUAUUGUCAUUUCAUCAGCAAGAGCCAAAAGGAAAGAGCAAGCACCAGGAAGUGUGCAAAGUGUGUCGAAUCUUCAAGAAAGUGUCGACAUGGAGUCGGUGGCCCCUGAUUUAGAGUCUGAUACCACAGCAGUUAAGGAAGAAGUCGCUUUCCAGAACACCAUAACAAAACAGAAUGUGAUGAAUGAAGAGAUCCCAUCAGACACUGGCCUGCCGUCUUGGGCCGAGGGAUGGGGGAUUCCUUGGAGCGACCUCAUCGUCGAGGAGCGAGUCCUCGGCAUUGGGAACUUUGGUGAGGUGCGAUCAGGAACUGUGAGGAAGGAUGGAGACGUGAACAGGGCUGCCAUCAAGAUGCUCACAGGACAUGUAUCUGCAUGCGACAGAGAUGAUUUCAUGGAUGAGCUACGGACGAAGGCUUGCAUCGGCUACCAUCCUAACAUCGUACAACUGCUUGGUACUUGCCAACGUAAAGGAGUGUUGUACGUCGCCUUGGAAUAUCUUCCUUAUGGUGAUCUGCGCAGCUACUUGCGGACGGCUCGCUCACAGUCAGACUCAGACGAGGAGGCCUUGUCUUCCGAUCAGCUAGUCAAGUUUGCUCUGGAUGUUGCCAAAGGAAUGGAGCACCUUGCUAAGGCGGGGGUUAUUCAUCGCAAUUUGGCUGCAAGAAGCAUCCUGAUCGGGAACGGAUUGGUUGCCAAGGUUUCUGACUUCAGUCCGUCCCGUGGGGAGAACGUGGAGACAUCAAGGCGACGAGUACCACUUCGCCGGUUAUCCGUCGAAUCAGUGAGGCACCAGUUGUAUACCUCACAGAGCGAUGUGUGGUCCUUCGGAAUUCUCUUGUGGGAAAUAGCCACUUUCGGCGGAACUCCAUAUCCAGCCGUUUCGAACGACUUGCUGGCAGAAACAAUCAGAAGGGGAUACCGUAUGCCCAAACCAGACAACUGUCAUGAGAAAAUUUAUGCCGUAAUGCGCGAGUGCUGGGACGAGGAUCCGAACAAGAGACCGACCUUCGCUGACCUGGUGUAUACCUUGAGUGACAUGGCCGACAAUCGGAUCAAACACACUUACAUGGCAGUAGUCCGAAGCGGGAGUGCCAUCAUGCCAGAGCUUGAUGACUACUGAGGGGCGUGGCCAAUGGCCGAUUCGUCGAGGAGUUCCCGUUGACUUGUAUAUACAUGUAUACCUAUGACGUAGAUGGUUGAGUCCUGAACAGCCUCAUAAUAAUUAUCUUUGGUAACAGACUUAAUAGUCUCGGAUCGAAGUUGUAUAGGGUGAGUAAAAAAAGGAAAUUUA